CACAGCUGAGAUAACAGAGGUCCAUAUCGGUACAUAAGACAAUCUUCCCCUUCUUUGGGUUAAGGUUAACAUGCUUUCCAAACAGUCUAUGUGUAAAAUUGGAUUAUGGGUCGCAGCUUUAGGUGUGAUACUGCAUGUGGCAGGUAAGAGAGUACUAAUUAUCUACAUAUCUAUCUAUCUAUCUAUCUAUCUAUCCAUCUGUCUAUUAUCUAUCUAUCUAUCCAUCUAUUAUAUAUCUAUCUAUCUAUUAUUUAUCUAUCUAUCUAUCUAUAUAUUACCUAUCCAUCUAUCUAUCCAUCUAUUAUAUAUCUAUCUAUCUAUUAUUUAUCAAUCUAUCUAUCUAUUAUAUAUCUAUCUAUAUAUUAUCUAUCUUUCUAUCUAUCUAUCUUUGUCUAUCUAUCUAUCUAUAUAUUAUCUAUUUAUCUAUCUAUAAAUUGUCUAUCUAUUUAUCAAUCUAUCAAUCUGUUAUCUAUCUAUAUAUCUAUCUAUCUAUCUAUCUAUCUCUAUCUAUUUGUCUAUCGAUCUGUCUAUCUGUCUGUCUAUCUAUCUAUCUAUCUCUGUCUAUCUAUCUAUCUAUCUGUCUGUCUGUCUGUCUGUCUGUCUGUCUAUCUUUGUCUGCCUGUUAAUCUGUUUAGCACUUUAUGUCAUUGCACUAUCUCUUUGUAUCUGUCUGUCUGUCCAUCUAUCUCCCUUUGUCAGUAGAUAGAAUGUCUAUCUCUCUAUCUAUUUUGUGUAUCUGUGUCUCCAUCCAAGUCUCCAGUAAGUCACAGAUGAUCUCUCCCUUUCCCUCACAGAUGCUCAGACCACCAUAACAGCACCUGGUAAGUGAAUUCUGUCAUGUCCACUGAAUAGUCUUUACUUUUAAUGUUACAUAUACUGCGAUAUUAAUUUCUAUUGUCUGAGAUUAUUUAUUGGUAUUAAUUUGAUUAAAAAGAUGCCAAAAAAGUCACAAUAAGAUAAUAACACAGAUAUAAUAGAGAGAGGAGUCUAUAGUUUGACGCAGUGGUACAGGUAUAAUAGAGGGAGGAGUCUAUAGUUUGACGCAGUGGCACAGAUAGAAUAGAGGGAGGAGUCUAUAGUUUGACGCAGUUGUGCAGAUAUAAUAGAGGGAGGAGUCUAUAGUUUGACGCAGUGGUACAGGUAUAAUAGAGGGAGGAGUCUAUAGUUUGACGCAGUGGCACAGAUAGAAUAGAGGGAGGAGUCUAUAGUUUGACGCAGUGGUGCAGAUAUAAUAGAGGGAGGAGUCUAUAGUUUGACGCAGUGGUACAGGUAUAAUAGAGGGAGGAGUCUAUAGUUUGACGCAGUGGCACAGAUAGAAUAGAGGGAGGAGUCUAUAGUUUGACGCAGUUGUGCAGAUAUAAUAGAGGGAGGAGUCUAUAGUUUGGCCUUGAGUGGUACAGGUAUAAUAGAGGGAGGAGUCUAUAGUUUGGCCGGUACACAGAUAGAAUAGAGGAGAGUCUAUAGUUUGGCAGUGGUACAGGUAUAAUAGAGGGAGGAGUCUAUAGUUUGACGCAGUUGUGCAGAUAUAAUAGAGGGAGGAGUCUAUAGUUUGACGCAGUGGUACAGAUAUAAUAGAGGGAGGAGUCUAUAGUUUGACGCAGUGGUACAGGUAUAAUAGAGGGAGGAGUCUAUAGUUUGACGCAGUGAUACUGAUAUAAUAGAGGGAGGAGUCUAUAGUUUGACGCAGUGAUACUGAUAUAAUAGAGGGAGGAGUCUAUAGUUUGACGCAGUGGCACAGGUAUAAUAGAGGGAGGAGUCUAUAGUUUGACACAGUGGCACAGAUAGAAUAGAGAGAGGAGUCUAUAGUUUGACGCAGUGGUACAGGUAUAAUAGAGGGAGGAGUCUAUAGUUUGACGCAGUGGUACAGAUAGAAUAGAGGGAGGAGUCUAUAGUUUGACGCAGUGGCACAGAUAGAAUAGAGAGAGGAGUCUAUAGUUUGACGCAGUGGUACAGGUAUAAUAGAGGGAGGAGUCUAUAGUUUGACACAGUGGCACAGAUAGAAUAGAGGGAGGAGUCUAUAGUUUGAUGCAGUGGUACAGAUAGAAUAGAGGGAGGAGUCUAUAGUUUGAUGCAGUGGUACAGAUAGAAUAGAGGGAGGAGUCUAUAGUUUGAUGCAGUGGUACAGAUAGAAUAGAGGGAGGAGUCUAUAGUUUGACGCAGUGGCACAGGUAUAAUAGAGGGAGGAGUCUAUAGUUUGACGCAGUGGCACAGAUAGAAUAGAGGGAGGAGUCUAUAGUUUGACGCAGUGGCACAGAUAGAAUAGAGAGAGGAGUCUAUAGUUUGACGCAGUGGUACAGGUAUAAUAGAGGGAGGAGUCUAUAGUUUGACACAGUGGCACAGAUAGAAUAGAGGGAGGAGUCUAUAGUUUGACGCAGUGGCACAGAUAGAAUAGAGGGAGGAGUCUAUAGUUUGACGCAGUGGUACAGAUAUAAUAGAGGGAGGAGUCUAUAGUUUGACGCAGUGGUACAGGUAUAAUAGAGGGAGGAGUCUAUAGUUUGACGCAGUGAUACUGAUAUAAUAGAGGGAGGAGUCUAUAGUUUGACGCAGUGAUACUGAUAUAAUAGAGGGAGGAGUCUAUAGUUUGACGCAGUGGCACAGAUAGAAUAGAGGGAGGAGUCUAUAGUUUGACGCAGUGGCACAGAUAGAAUAGAGAGAGGAGUCUAUAGUUUGACGCAGUGGUACAGGUAUAAUAGAGGGAGGAGUCUAUAGUUUGACACAGUGGCACAGAUAGAAUAGAGGGAGGAGUCUAUAGUUUGAUGCAGUGGUACAGAUAGAAUAGAGGGAGGAGUCUAUAGUUUGACGCAGUGGUACAGAUAUAAUAGAGGGAGGAGUCUAUAGUUUGACGCAGUGAUACUGAUAUAAUAGAGGGAGGAGUCUAUAGUUUGACGUCUAUAGUCUAUAGUUUGACGCAGUGGUACAGGUAUAAUAGAGGGAGGAGUCUAUAGUUUGACGCAGUGGCACAGAUAGAAUAGAGGGAGGAGUCUAUAGUUUGACGCAGUGGUACAGAUAGAAUAGAGGGAGGAAUCUAUAGUUUGACGCAGUGGCACAGAUAGAAUAGAGGGAGGAGUCUAUAGUUUGACGCAGUGGUACAGGUAUAAUAGACGGAGGAGUCUAUAGUUUGACGCAGUGGCACAGAUAGAAUAGAGGGAGGAGUCUAUAGUUUGACACAGUGGUACAGAUAGAAUAGAGGGAGGAGUCUAUAGUUUGACACAGUGGUACAGAUAGAAUAGAGGGAGGAGUCUAUAGUUUGACGCAGUGGUACAGGUAUAAUAGAGGGAGGAGUCUAUAGUUUGAUGCAGUGAUACUGAUAUAAUAGAGGGAGGAGUCUAUAGUUUGACGCAGUGGCACAGAUAGAAUAGAGGGAGGAGUCUAUAGUUUGACACAGUGGUACAGAUAGAAUAGAGGGAGGAGUCUAUAGUUUGAUGCAGUGAUACUGAUAUAAUAGAGGGAGGAGUCUAUAGUUUGACGCAGUGGUACAGAUAGAAUAGAGGGAGGAGUCUAUAGUUUGACGCAGUGGCACAGAUAGAAUAGAGGCAGGAGUCUAUAGUUUGAUGCAGUGGCACAGAUAGAAUAGAGGGAGGAGUCUAUAGUUUGACGCAGUGGUACAGGUAUAAUAGAGGGAGGAGUCUAUAGUUUGACGCAGUGGCACAGAUAGAAUAGAGGGAGGAGUCUAUAGUUGAUGCAGUGGCACAGAUAUAAUAGAGGGAGGAGUUUAUAGUUUGACGCAGUGGUACAGAUAGAAUAGAUGGAGGAGUCUAUAGUUUGACGCAGUGGUACAGAUAGAAUAGAGGGAGGAGUCUAUAGUUUGACGCAGUGGUACAGAUAGAAUAGAGGGAGGAGUCUAUAGUUUGACGCAGUGGUACAGAUAGAAUAGAGGGAGGAGUCUAUAGUUUGACGCAGUGGUACAGGUAUAAUAGAGGGAGGAGUCUAUAGUUUGACACAGUGGUACAGGUAUAAUAGAGGGAGGAGUCUAUAGUUUGACGCAGUGGCACAGAUAGAAUAGAGGGAGGAGUCUAUAGUUUGACGCAGUGGCACAGAUAGAAUAGAGGGAGGAGUCUAUAGUUUGACGCAGUGGUACAGGUAUAAUAGAGGGAGGAGUCUAUAGUUUGACGCAGUGGUACAGGUAUAAUAGAGGGAGGAGUCUACAGUUUGAUGCAGUUGCACAGAUAGAAUAGAGGGAGACUCGGUGACUCAGAGUGAAGGCAACGUGAGAGAAAAAAAAUUGCUAUAACUUGCAUAUUUACAAUAUCAACUAUGCGCACAAAUCAUUUACACAGUUUAAUAAAGAGUUUGGCCUCUCAUUAAACUAUUUUGUUUGUCUGCAGGUCUGCCAGUCCCUGGGUGGGGUAUUGCUCUGCUAGUUCUGAUGUCGCUGUUCUUUGCCGCCAUCUUGAUAUGCAUGUGCUGCGUGGUAAGUGUAAUGAAGAUGGAUUAAAGACAGGUAGUUAGAGAGAGGAUGUUUUCUGUUAAAGAUUUGGAAAUAGUAAUUAAAUACAAAAUGAAUAUAGAGCAGGAGGACUGGCUUCUAUUUUCUACAUUACUCGGUUUUUACACACUGGAAUAAAGUCACCUAAUUAGGAAGCAUUUAGAUACCCACACUCAUCACAUUCAAAAUCAGAGGACAAUUAUCUAAACGGGGAAAAUGUAACAAUGGAAUCCCAAUUUACAGCACUCUGGGCACGCUACUGCAUUAUCAGCCUGAGAUAUUAUGUGUUAAGCGAUCCCAAAUAUCCUCCGCAAAAUUGAUAAAGAAAGUACAAAUAAACAACAGAUUAAAGUAAUGUAAAUGGACUUAUCGUUUUGGGUUUCCUGAAUAUUAUUCUAUUUUAUAAAUGAAAGGGCUCAGUAGUGAAGAGGUUAAGAUAAAAUCUGUCAUGGGGUUAGUCUGAAUGGUCUUGAGUGGUGGGAUUGUAUGCCUAUACGUGUAUGAAAACAAUGUUAAAAACUUGAGAUUGUGAUAAUGUCCUUUUCAGAAUAACGACGGAUGUUUAGUUACAUUGUACCUAUAAAUACAGUUGUCAAAUCAUUUAAUUGUCUGUUUUUUUUUGUGUGUUUCAGCCUGUGUGUUGCAGAGGUAAUGGAAUGGAUGCCCAAGGUGGAAUGUCGUCUGUCUUUGACAGAGUGGCAUUUUGGAAAUAAAGAACGUCUCCUGGACUUGCAUUGAAUCCAUGCACCUGUCUCCUGCAAAAAUCUUGAAUUGUGUGUUUACAUUGAUUGUGUGUUUACAUUGAUUUCUUGUCCUCGGUUGUUCUAUGUUUCACACUCUAAAUUAUGCCAUCAGUAGCACAAAGGAUGUAGUUGAUGUGAAUCACUAAGUCUCUCACCUUGCUUUUUUUAAUUACUUAUAUCGACACAAACAAAUCUUAUCAUAUUCCAAUAACCUUAUUCAUCAAGCUCUCAUCAAUGUUAAACAAUGCAUUAUUUUUCUUGCAGUGGAUUUAAUGCAUGCCAACAGGGCUAAUCACUAGAUUCUGAAAUUUUAUUAGUUAAAUGAGAGUUGAAAAAUCAAGGUUGGGAAACAUAAUUUUAAUUGAAUUUGAUUCUCUACAAUUCACAGUUUAGUGAAAAGCCCUGCAACAUUCGUGUGUCCAACAUAUUAUGAUUUGAAUUAUGCUUCCAGUAUGUUAAAGGGACAGAAUACUAACCACCCCAUAACUUAAUCUUACAGAUGUGAUUAUUGUGUUUUUAGAUGGGGCUCUGAAUGAAAAUGGUGUCAAUUCUGCAGUUUUUGCAGUUCACAUGCUUACAUGUGGCAUUGGAUUCAGUGCUCCUGUAAAAAAGUAUUGGAUUGGCAGAUUAUGGCUUGUCACAUGUGCCCUGAGUGUUUCUCUUUGAGAAGCAUUUGAUUGGUCAGAAGUCAUCAGAACCGAUAAUGUAAUUAGAAUCGCAUCGGGCUUAAAUGAGUAGAAUAUGACAGAGCUGGGAGAAAAGUGAGAUUAAUUGUGUUUUUAUUCAAUUGAAAAUAAUAAUAACAUUCUUUUUUUUCUCUGCUUUUGAUUUUCUAAUAAACUUUCUUUUCUCAAAACUGUUGCUGUUUUGGAGCAUUAAAUCAAUAACAUUUUGUAUUUAUUUGAAAUAAUGGAAUUAUAUAGUAUGAAGUCUUUGAAAUAUAGUAACAUUCCUGUAUAUGUAUAGAUUAUCUAAAAUAAAUUAUUACAUUAUGUGGC